CAUAGAUUAAUCGUAUCACUUUGAAACAUACUAGUAAUAUUUAUACACUAGUUAAUGGCUAUUUCUGCCGACACUUCAGAAACGAUCACCUGACGCAUUGGUCAGUCUCAUGACUGAAGAAGACACGCGUGUAACGUUGAUCUUAGCGCUAAAGUAUUUAAUGACGUGACAAACAUAAACUAAUCCGAUCAUCUGCUCCUUUGUUUUGUUUGUUUAUCGUCACUGGUCCAUUAGUACGUUAGUUAUAUCAGCCACUUAGCUUUAAUCAGAUACGGACUGAAACACAAAUACAAAGUACGUUGUCUUGUCUACCAGAUAUUUAUUCUUCUUGCUAACUUUCGAGCUGUUGGAGCAGGCAAAUCCUAUUUCUCUCUGUUUUGUUCUCCGCUUCUCCCACCCUAUACUCUGUUUUUACCAAAAGAGGAGGAAGUAGAAGCUGGUUUUCAAGCGAAGCCAUGGCCAUAGAUUCAAAUGCAGGAGGAGGGUUCAUUGAUGUCCCACUUGCACAAACUGGGGAAGGUAUUGCUGAAUGUGAGCUUCUCAAGUGGUUUGUCAGAGAGGUAGAUCCUGUGGAAGAGUUUCAGCCACUCUAUGAAGUUCAGAGCGAUAAAGCAACCAUUGAGAUAACAAGUCGUUUUAAAGGGAAAGUAGCUCUCAUCUCACAUGCUCCAGGUUGGAGAGACUCUGGUUAAGCUGGCCGUAGAAGACGCCCAUGAUGCUCUCCUAGUAUCCUCUGAUCUAGGCGGUUCGAAGCAAAAAGAACAGACAAUCUUGUUGGAGCUUUGUCAAAGCCAUCUGUUUG